CACCGCCCAACCCGUCGCGAAUCCGCAGCGGAGAGGGAGAGAGAGCAGCAGCAGCGCCUUCGUCGCGUCGCCUCCGCAUCCCCUCCGCGCCGCCGUCUCGCUCUCCUCCUCCCGCACCGCACGGAUUCCGCAGUCGCACUCCAACUCGGCCGCCGCCGCGGCCCUCUCCUCCUCUAUAAAAAUCGCAAACCCCCCACCGCUGCAAGCCAAGAACCGAACCGAUUCCCGAUCCCAAAUCCCAAUCCCAUCCCGCACGCGCGCCGCGAUGAUCCUCCGCAUCCGCAGCCGCGACGGCACGGACCGCAUCACCGUGCCGGACCCGGCCGCCGCAACCGUCGGCGACCUCCAGCGCCUCGUCGCCGCGCGCGUCACCGUGCCCGUCCCGCUCCAGCGCCUCUCCCUAGACCCGGCGCUCCUCCUCCCGGCCUCCGCCGCCGCCGCCCCGCCGCCCGCGCUGCUCUCCAACCCGGCCGCCCCGCUCUCCUCGCUCCGCCUCUCCAAUGGCUCCUUCGUCUACCUCUCCUACCCGCCCGACGCCCGCUCCUCCCAGCCGCCCCCUCCCAGGGCCCUCAACCCCGCCGGCUCCUUCGGGAAGAAGAUGACCAUGGACGAUCUCAUCGCGCGCCAGAUCCGCGUCACCCGCCAGGAGGCGCCGCUCUGCGCCGCCGCCUCCUUCGACCGCGACGCCGCCAACGCCUUCCAGCUCUACGUCGCCGAGUCGCUCGCCUUCGCCGCCAAGCGCGCGGGCUUCCUCUACGGCCGCGUCGACGCCGAGACCAAGCAGGUGUUCGUCGAUUUCAUCUACGAGCCUCCCCAGGUGGGCACCGAGGACGUUGUGCAGCUGAUGCGGGACGCCCAGGAGGAGGCCCGCGUCGAUGCCAUCGCCGAGGGGCUCGGGAUGCGCCGUGUGGGGUUGGUGUUCACGCAGGCAGUGGGGAGAAAGACUAGUGAGACUGGUGAGUACACCAUGUCCAACCGGGAGGUGCUUCAGGCCACUGAGCUGCAGGCGGAGGGUGGGAUCCCGGAGUGGGUCACCGCCAUAGUGAAGCUGGAGGUCGGGGAUGAUGGCUCCGGUGAUGUGCACUUUGAGGCGUUCCAGAUGAGCGAGACUUGCGUGAAGCUGUUUAAGGAUGGUGUGCUGGAAACUGAGAUUGGGGACAAAGACGAUCCCCGCCUGUCGAAGAUGCGCAAAGAGGUGGUGGCAGGGGGAAAGGAUACUAUGGAGGUGGACAAUGACUUCUUCCUGGUUCCUGUCAAGAUCUCUGAUCACCAGGGUCCACUUUCUAUGGGCUUUCCUAUCGAGAACCGUGGAAACCCUGUAACAAUGAGCGCACUCAGGAGCCACCUGGAUCGUACUAAGCAUCUGCCAUUUGUUAAGCGGAUCUCGGACUUCCACCUUCUCCUUCAGGUUGCUGCUUUCCUAGACAUAAAAUCAGAUGUUCCUGCCCUCGCUGCUUGCGUAAAGAACCAACACGUGGUGCCUGAAGGCUACCAGCUGCUGAUCGAGUCAUUGGCUGGUGCCUGAAGGCUACCGGCGGCUGCUCUUGUCACCAGUCAUGCAUAAUGUGGUUGUUUUAAUUUACUACCAUAUAUCAUGUGUUAACUUAUGGUAGUCUCUGGUGUGUAAAAAGUCUUGAUCAAUUCAUAGGCGCUUAACUUUGCUCAAACGCAACAUCUUUCUUUA